AAUUCUGAAACUUUCCGGAAAAACAUGUAUCAGGUAAGUUCUCUAUGGAGCAAGCAGUCGCAGACGCAAGGACGUUGCAUGUGUCGCGUGCCGGGAAAUCAGGACUGUGGCAUUAAAAAUGAUAAUAUUAUCGAGGAGUACCUCCAGUUGGACAUCGAAGAUGUCACCGACAGUGUGAUGAAGGUGAUGCGGAUCUGCGGGCUGCGUCCCUGGGAGGUGAAGCGGAGUUCGGAGGUGAUCCGUCGCUCCCUGCAGCAUUACGAAGAGGUGCGAGAGCGGAUCGAUCGGGUACCAAGAAAGCGCUUCGCCAAGGAGACCUUCCUGCACGGUCUGGCACAGGAGGCCCAAAUGAAUCGGAUGGACGCCCAGAUGGCCUACGCCAUUGUAAAGCGGGCCUUCAAGGCCUUCUACUAUGGGACGGGACAGGAAGGAAAGCGGUAUGUCUCCCUCCAGACCGGCUUGCCCCACAGGCAGGAGUGUCUCUGGUUGCACGCCGCACGCCGCACGGCAGAGAUACACGCCGUCCUCACCGGAAUGAUGUACUCCGAGGAGCAGCAGUUCGAGGAGCGCAUCGAGUGCGUCUACAAAAACCUGUUCGAUGUCCUGCAGACAAGAAUCGUCUUCGCCGACGACUGGGUCUGCAACUGCCAACAUAGCAGCAAGCCGGCCUCCACUGCGGUCUCUUCGUUGACCAUUGAAUUAGAGGUCCUCUACGUCAAGCAGAACAUGGAUCUGAGCCUUGGCGCAUCCGCACCGACCUCCCAACGUCUUGAGGUAGACCGGGCAGUAAGCUCGAACGCCCUCAGCUCCGCAUCCUCGCGCCAUAACUACAGCCUAAAGAAGACUCAAAAUAAAUCUGUUUCCCAAAAGGACUCCAUGCUCUUCAGUGCCGGCUCCAUUCUCAGUCAGGCCAAGUGCAACUGCCCCCCAUUGCGUUGCUGCCGCGAGGAGGGCGAGGCUAGGGAGGCACCAGAAAUCACGGCGGAGUGUAGCCAGGGACCCUACAUCUGCCGCUGGCUGCCGUACACCGAAGAGGACGAUAUGUUCGGCGAGCACUGUACUCCGUUCCCGCCCCUGGAGGAGGUGUGCCCACCCUGUGUCAAGGAAGAGCUCUCCUGCGACUCGGAGUGCACCUGCACCUGCCAGGUGUGCAAGUGUCGACCGCUCUAUGACGGCGAUGACGAUAUCGGCGAGGAAGAGAACCUCGGCGAGAAGGUAUCCAAGAGCGGAGUGGAGGACUACGACACCGACUACUGCUGGCUGGCUCCGUUCCGGGGCAGCAGCAAGGAAAGAAUGGACAGAAAGAAAGCCAAGGCCCAACCUGAGGAGAAGGCACCGGUGAAGGUUGAGAUUGUCGAAGACAAGGAAACCUUGUCCAAGUGUUGCUGUAUGUGCAGAUACAAGCGCGACAAUCCCCAUCUGUUCACUUACCUCGCGCCCUUCAAGGAAGAACAGAAGAAGGAGCCAGAGCCCGAGCCUGAGCCACCAACACCAGAGACAAUCAAGAAAGCAAAAGCCAAUGAAAUCGAGGAUCUGCUUGCGAAGCCACCUCCACCUGGUAUCUCCCAAGAGGGCUAUCGCUGCUGGGUAAAACCGAAGCGCUCGGCGACAUCCAUAGCGCAGGUGGAGCGCGACCCACCCCAUUUGGUUUUUUAUGAUCCCGAAGUAGUGGAAGUGGCAGCUCCUCCCGCCAAGGGUAAGGGAAAGGGGAAAAAGGCCAAAAAGGCUGCUCCUACUGCGCCUGAUGCUCCGAUCGUCAAGAAGGAUGAAGGAAAGUUCACCAAGGAAGACAUUCUUAAAAUUAUCAACCUGAAGGCUGCCUGAAUGAACCUGAAUGAAUACAUGUUGUGAUACUUUAAAUACAUGUCCUAUUAAUUAA